AAGGAUCUGUAACGAAAUCAUGAUAAAUGUGCAUUCUCGAUUCGAGAUCGAUAAUCGAACGAUAGAAAAUGCCGUAACAUUGACUAUCCGUUAAAAACAUAUUAAAAAGAUAACGGACUUUACAGUGUUAAUCGAGCUGUCAAAGACGAACCAGUGAUACACGUAAAUAUAUCCCAGACGCCGGGUAUAACACGAUAAUUCGGGAAAAAUAACGAUCGAUAAUCAAUAACAAUCUUGUACGAGGCUCUACGAAGAAACUCCAUGGAGAAGGUGCUCGUUACAGGCAAGCGGACGUAACGGUCGUUACGGGAAUCGGAGCGUUCGUUGUGAGCCACGUGCUGGGAAAUUUGUUUUUUUGUUUUUCAAUCAUUUUAUUUCUAUCGAAAAAAAUAAUACGGAUUAUUAAAGCUUGUGGCAAGAGCGAGAGAGGAUUGUGGUAUAUGUAUAUUAACUCGUACGUUGAUCUUAUUAGCUACCUCUACUUAUUAUAUAUGCUUGUAAAAAAACGUUUGAAAAUUAAGUACGUCCCGCCAGGUAGUAGCAAUUAUGCUAUAGCCCUGUUAACCAGUGUGCAUCAAAAUUACUCCACAUCUUGGACUCGCCGCUGCGGUAGACGAGAUUCUAAAUCCGCGUAAAGAAUUCAAAGAAGCAAAAUGUCACGAAAAGUACUUCUGUUGUACGUUGUACUUCUUGUCCUGAAGAAGUCCAUUACAUUGACACCAGGUCAUUUGGAUGACUUGAAUCAUCAAGAAUCACAUCACAGGGAGAAAAGGGUUUUUUGGAUUACGAAUGAUGGUCGGAUAGCUUUGCCACCAGGAACGAUAAUGACGAUAACACCGACUUUAGCGUUACCUUUUGUUAGAUAUCCUCCAUAUGGAUUUCUCAGUAAUAUGACCGUCAGUUUUCCAUUCACAAUUGACUUUGAUAAAUUGGGAUUGACUGAUAAUGAAAAUCCGUAUGGCGCUUUACCGCCGGUCUUCGACAGAUCGAUGAAAAGUCGAGAGGCCGGAGUCCUCAUGGCAGAUUUUAUAGCGGCGUUCAUAAAGCACCGACUACAGAAGCGGGACGCACCGGAAGUGCCAAAAAAUGCGUUUCACGGUGGCGAAAGAGCGCUUCUUUACGGCACUGCUGAAGAUAUGCUCAGUACACUUGGUAUGGAUGGGAAAGCUUGUUUGCUUAGAGCAAUAUGUGAAGUUCAAGGACAUCCUUUGGAUAAUUUUGGAUUACUUGGCGAAAUGCUCAAGUUAUUUUUCACGGCAAGCAAAUCUCCUUUUGCUCAUCUUCUUGAGGAAUACGUUGAGGCUGAGAAGCGCGGAAAAUUACAUGGGGAAUGUUGGCCAUAUUUCAAGAAUUGUCCAAAGUCUUUGUUUCUCCCUUCCGAUAAUAAAUACACGAAGGAUUCUGUUUACGAAAAGGAUGAACCGGAUUACGAAGACGGUAUAAACAAUAUUUCGCAGAAUAUUGAAGAGAACAUGUCCAAAAGGACAUCAACGAGAAAUAUGAAGCAUACGAUAAAUCCGGCGAUGUAGUCAAAUUGAAAUCUAUAGCAACAAAGUUAGUAACUGAUAGUAACUGAUUAAAAAAAGAAAGCCAUAGUAUAUGGGUUUGAGAAUCAAAUAUUUCUCACGACUUAUUCUCUUUGGAAAAUUUGACGGUUUUACACGUUUUAUGCAAUUGCUCGUUUUUCCAGAGAGAAUUAAUGAUUGUCGCUUGUAAUAUUUCGUAAAUGGAAGCUGCAUUAUGAGAAAUAAUACCGCGCCACUAGAAAUACCAAACUACAGACAUCUUUAUAUGAUUAUUAUCAGGUCAUUGACGAUACUAUCAAUAUUGGUAAAAAAUACUCACAAAUUUAUGGACUCACCUGACGUAUGACAAUACUACCAUGUAUUUUUCAAAGAUAAUGGGUCGACUCAAUAAUUUGUUAUACAUAUAUUUAUUUAUAAAAAAUUGUUCAUCGUGAUAAUUAUGUUAAAAUAAUAUUUAUAAUUUAUUUGUAUUUAUUAUAUUUUAGAUGUUUAAGUAAAAUAUAUAUGAUAUAUAAGUUAUUGUAAUUUUAUGAAUCUAAAGGAUAAGGUAAUACGAAAUUCGUACGUAUAGAUAUUAGGUUAUAUCGUAUUUAUUAAGGUUCAGGGCCUUGUACAUAAAAUUUGUAAAUGGUUUUUGUUUACGGUGGUCAUCCAGUAAAAUCCCGAAACCGCCAUAAAUCAUAUCCAUCUCAAAACAAUUUCUGUAUGUAGAAUCAUGCAAGUCACAUAAAAAGAUAUAUGUAUAUAUGCAA